CUACUGACUUAUCACUCUCUUAUUCCAUCAAUUCACUGUAUUUUAAUAAUCAUAAUUGUGAAAAAAUAUUUUUUAUUAACAAAUAAAGUAAUUUGUAUAAAAUCAAUAGAUUUUUUUUUUCAUAGUAACAACUAGUAAAAUUUAAAAGACUGUUAAUAAAAUAAUAAAUAUAUAAAUGUAUAUAAAGUUGUAAGUUUGAUAAUUAUCGAUGAGAAAAACGAUGCGUUAUUCUGAAAAUCAGUACAUUUGCCCAAUAAGUUGGUGGAAUAAGAUAUCCUAGAAGGUGUUGGAAGGUGUGCCUUGACAAGUGGUUUAACCUGUUUCUACAAAUAUACAUUAUUUUUUAAAUAAACUAAAUAAUAACUGAUAACAAUAAUGGCUGAGAGCCAAGGCAACUCAUCAUCAAACCAAUUGAAUCAAGUUCCAGGUUCUGGUCGGACAUUCAACUUUCAGCGUUUUGAUUUUCGUUCAAAUAAUGACAUACAAAAAGAAUCAGAAAAACGACGAGCUCUUAAGCUCCCGUUACCAACACAAAGCAGUAGUUUACCAACAAAUUCCAGUAAUUCAAGUUCUACUGGAACGUCAGCUAGUUCUCCUGUACCACUUUCACGUCCUAUCUUGCCUUUAUCAAUAUCUAAAUUACCGGUUAAAUCUCGAACACCACCGCAACAAGGACAUUUUCCUGACAAAGCACGGGAUAAAUUAAGAAUGUGCCAGUCAAUGCAAAGUACUGGUAAAUUACAACUGUCACCAGACACUGUGUAUGAUUUUACAAGUGAAGAUCUACAGGACAUUGGUGAAAUUGGUCGAGGAGGCUUUGGUACUGUAAAUAAAAUGAUUCAUAGGAUAAGCAAUACUGUCAUGGCUGUGAAAAGAAUUCGUUCUACGGUAGAUGAAAGAGAACAAAAUCAAUUAUUAAUGGACUUGGAAGUGGUGAUGAAGUCAAAUGAGUGUCCAUAUAUCGUGCAAUUUUACGGAGCUUUAUUUAAAGAAGGUGACUGUUGGAUUUGUAUGGAACUAAUGGACACCUCAUUAGAUAAAUUUUAUAAAUUUAUUUACGAGAGAUUAAAUAAGAGGAUACCCGAGUGCAUACUGGGUAAAAUAACAGUAGCUACUGUUAAAGCACUUAAUUAUCUUAAAGAAAAAUUACGAAUAAUUCAUCGUGAUGUUAAACCAAGCAAUAUUUUAUUGGAUCGUGGCGGCAAUAUUAAACUUUGUGACUUCGGUAUUUCUGGGCAGCUAGUGGAUUCUAUCGCACGUACGCGUGACGCCGGUUGCCGACCUUACAUGGCUCCGGAGCGGAUAGACCCUCAGCGAGCUCGCGGUUAUGAUGUGAGAAGUGAUGUCUGGUCAUUAGGAAUCACACUGAUGGAAGUUGCAACUGGUUAUUUUCCAUAUCCUAAAUGGAAUUCAGUUUUUGAACAAUUGUAUCAAGUUGUACAGGGAGACCCGCCACGAUUAUCACCCAAUGGCAAUGGCAAUCAUUUUACUAUGGAAUUUGUAAACUUUGUUAACACUUGUUUAAUAAAAGAAGAACAUCAACGCCCGAAGUACAAUAAACUUUUAGAUCAUGCAUUUAUAAGACGAUCUGAAGAGGCGCAAAUUGAUGUCGCUGCUUAUAUCUGCAGCAUUAUGGACAAUAUGGCAAAUAAUGGAAUAACACCAUUUACAACUGAUCAGCCUUAAUAAUUAAAUAAUAAUAAUAAAUAUACAAUUCAAUAAAUAAUAAUUAAUGGAAAUUUUUUCUUGGUUUUAAAGAAAAUCGGCUACACAAGUGUCUUGAUUAACUUUAAUUAUUUUUGAGUGAUUGAUUACUUUUUGAGUUAAUUAAUUCCUGUAAAAAAAAAACAAAGGUCAUGGUAAAAUUGUAAAAAAGACAUUUCGUGUUUUGUAGAAUUUGUCCUUUUUGCGCGGUAAUUUUAAAAAACUUAAAAUGUGAUCAAUUUAGAUCUUAGAUAGCAUAAAAUAACGUCGCAAAUAGUUGACUUAAAAAUAAUUCAAGUUUUCAAUAUCCAGACAUUUGUGUAAAUAUUUUUUUCUUUUAAAUUAAAUUAUUACUAUCAUUAUUAUUAUUAUUAUUAUUAUUAUUCGUUGUUACAUAUUUUAAUUGUUGUACAACUCAAAGGCAAUAUCUAAAAUUAUGCGUGCAUUUGUUAUUUUAUUUAGAAUCUACUCAAGUUAUGCCCUCACUUAAAUAAGAGAAGGUUCGAAUAAUUAAAAAUAAAUAAUGAUAAGAGUAAAUAAUUAAUAUUAAUGAAGAAAAACUUGUUUGUAUAGCGAGUAGUUGUCAUCUGUCAUGGUGGCCUUAGUAGACAAAAAAAAAUUAAUAAUAAAUAAACAUAUAAAAUAAAAAAAAAAUGAGAAGCUAACGAGCGGGAAUAAUUAAUAAAUUAAUUAGUGUACUUUCUUACGUACAGCACUUGUAAAAAAAAAAUGAUAUUAGUUCUCCAUUAAUUUAAUUAUCACCGAAAAAUAUAAUCAAAUAAUUUUAAUAAUAAUAAUAAUAAUAAUUUUAAUAGUAACAAUAAUAAUAAUAUUAAUAAUAAUAUUAAUAAUAAUAAUUAUCAUAAAUUUACAUUAUAAUAUUAAUGAUAAUAACAAUCAGUUAGUAUUUUAAUCAUGUAUAUCAAUACCGUUCGUUCGUCUCGUGACCCACUCGUUUAUAAAAAAAAUUAUUGAUGAAAAAAUUACUUUACAUUUUAUAAAGAGUUAAUUGUGUAAUGAACUCUGGCAUGACAAUUUUUUUUUCAUUGCAGAAGCAGUACGUUAUUGAUAAUUGUAAUUUUAUUAGAAUCAGCUUAUUACCGGCAUUUAAAAUUAAUUAAAUGACUAAUGCCUUAACAAGAAAAGGAUAAUAUUAUGUAAUGUAAUGAGAUAAUAAAUGCCUGAUUGAUUAAACAGUA